CUCGACGCAAACACCUCGGACUGCAGCAGCAGGUAAACACACACACACACACACACACACACCGGGCCUGCUGUGUGUCCGUCAGCUCGGCGAGCGCAGAUGGAGGCCUUCAGCUCCAAAGACAUGGCCAUGCAGGCGCAGAAGAAGAUCCUGAGCCGCAUGGCCAGCAAAUCUGUGGCUCAGAUGUUCAUCGACGACAACAGCAGCGAGGUGCUGGACGAGCUGUACCGCGUCUCCAAGGAGCACUCGGGGAACCGCGCAGAGGCCCAGAAGGUGGUCAAGAACAUGAUCAAGAUCGCCGUCAAGGUCGGAGUUCUGUUCCGGCAUGAGAAGUUCAGCGCAGAGGAGCUCAGCAUCGCACAGGAGUUCAGGAAAAAACUGCAUCACGGAGCCAUGACGGCCAUCAGCUUCCAGGAGGUGGAGUUUACCUUCGACAAGAGCGUGAUGAUAAACCUUCUGUCGGAUUGUCGGGAUCUGCUGCUGAAGCUGGUGGAGAAACACCUCACGCCCAAAUCUCUAGACCGCAUCAGGCACGUCUUCAACCAUUACUCGAACCCGGAGCUCCUGACGCACCUGUACGACCCGCAGGGCAACCUGUGGAGCAACCUGAGCAAGAUCUGCAGCGGCCUUAACCGUAUGAUCGAGGAGGGAAAACUCUGAGCUGGAAACACAGGACUGAGACACACUGUCAAGGAAAAUAAUGAUGAUAAAGUCAGGACGACAAAUAUGUUUAUGUUGCUCUGACUUAUUUUUAGAGGUUAAUCAGGCUAAUUUUGUUAAGUUAUACAAAGUUUAACUUAAUAUUUUUGGUCAGUUUUAUUGAUGCAAGUCAACUAGAAAUGACUAAAAGAGUUCAAAUGAGUCAACUAAAAAAGUGAAGCCAGCAAGAAUUGUUAUAGAGUGCACGGAGAACACCGUAAAACUCGCAUUUUAGACUCAUUUUUAGCAUCUUCCCAGCUGAUAAUGAUCAUUUAUUGAAUAAUGAUAACAGCUAAUGGGAACCAUUCAGAAUGCAUUGAGGUCAGGUUGGGUUAUUAUUCACACAUUCCUACACUCUCCUUAUGGAAAUCAUAUCAGCAGCCAAUGGUUAUCAAAGUACAUCAGUGUUCACAGCCAAUUAAAUAGUGCUUAUGUUGUUUUCAAGUCAAACUUACACUCCCUGGCCACUUUAUUAGGUACACCUCACUAGUACCGGGUUGGACCCUCAUUCGCCUUCAGAACUGCCUUAAUCGUUGACACCAUGCUCAAUUGGUACUAAUGAACCCAAAGAAAAUCUCCCCCACACCAUUACACCACCACCACCAGCCUGAACCGCUGAUACAAGGCAGGAUGAUCCAUGCUUUCAUGUUGUUAAGGGCCAAAUUGUGAGCCGAGCAUCCGAAUGUGUGAGCAGAAAUGGAGACUCAUCAGAGCAGCAACGUUUCUCCAAUCUUCUAUUGUCCAGUUUUGGUGAGUCUGUGUGAAUUGUAACCUCAGUUUCCUGUUCUUAGCUGACAGGAGCGGCACCCGGUGUGCUCUUCUGCUGCUGUAGCCCAUCCGCCUCAAGGUUGGACGUGUUGUGUGUUCAGAGAUGCUCUUCUGCAGAGCUCGGUUGUAGCGAGUGCUUAUUUGAGUUACUGUUGCCUUUCUAUCAGCUGGAACCAGUCUGGCCAUUCUCCUCUGACCUCUGUCCUCAUCAACAAGGCAUUUGCGCCCACAGAACUGCCGCUCACUGGAUAUUUCCUCUUUGUCGGAGCAUUCUCUGUAAACCCUAGAGAUGGUUGUGCGUGAAAAUCCCAGUAGAUCAGCAGUUUCUGAAAUACUCAGAGCAGCCCGUCUGGCAGCAACAACCAUGCCACGCUCAAAGUCUCUUAAAUCCCCUUUCUUCCCCAUUCUGAUGCUCGCUCUGAACUGCAGCAGAUCCUCUUGACCAUGUCUACAUGCUGAAAUGCAGUGAGCUGCUGCCAUGUGAUUGGCUGAUUAGACAUUUGCGUUAAUGGGCAGUUGUACCAAAUCAAGACUGAAUAUUAAGAGUAGAGAAGUAAACAAUAUAGAGAUAAUUAAAUGAAUGAAUGUGCGAAUAUAAAACCAACUUCACCUCAAUUCAGAAUGCUCAGGUUAAACAUCUCCUAAUGUCAACAUGUACAAAGCUUAAUUUACUACCGCACAAUGUUAAUCUGGGUUCACAAAAUUAGGUGUUCAUGUGAGUACAUUACAAACAAAAUCAAUGCAAAAUAAUCCAUGUUGAUUAAAGAGUAACCGACGGUGAAUUUGCGCGGAAUUCGCCUGAAUCGCGUCUACUGGAAACUCAAACAGUUGCGAGACAAAACAUCCCGCGAGUCAACUAGAGCGAGUGAUAGCAAGCUCUGUGUUAUGUGUGAAUCAAGCAUUAGUCUUAAAGUGAACAAUUCGUGAAAAUAAUCCACAAAAACACUGUUUGUUUUGGUAAUCUUUGAUUAAAACCUUACCAUCAGAGUCCUUCUCUGUUUGAGGAAUUGGCGAAAUAUAAGCCACGCCCCUAUGACCGUUAUUUCAUGUGAUUGAAAGACGAGAGAUCAAGCGCAAAUCUACAACCCCGCCCCCUACUCAAUAUUCAGUGUAUACUGAGAUAAAACUGUUUCUGGUUGACAGACUUUGAUGUAUUUUAUUAGUUGUGGUUCAGAACUGCAGGAGAUUCUUCUGUGGGAAACAAAAGAUGAUAUGAAAGUCAGUGAGUUCAGACGUCUUCUGAGUUUGACAGGAAAAAGGCGGCCAUUUAGACAUUCUGCUUUUUAAUGAAGAAAAUGGAGGAUUUGAACACAACUAACGUCUGAUUAUGAAGUUUAACACCAUUUCCAGAAACAAACACAUACUUACACAACACUGGACUUCUUGUACAGAUCUGUUCAUCAGUAAAGUGAUUUCUUUCUGUUUUCCUUUGUUGUAUUUUGUUAAAAAUCAACAGUAAUGUUCAAAUCAGAGUAGAUCUGACCUGAUCAAUGUUUUAAUGUUUAAGAAUAAAGUACUGUUUUUACCUCAAA